AUGUGUGUCGAGCGGCUGGGCCAGUUCGUGACCCUGGCUUUGAUGUUGACCACCUUCGACCCGGCGCGAGGGACCGACGCUACUAACCCGCCCGAGGGUUCCCAAGACAGGGGCUCCCAGCAGAAAGGACGCCUGUCCCUGCAGAACACAGCUGAAAUCCAGCACUGUUUGGUCAACGCCGGCGAUGUGGGAUGUGGCGUGUUUGAGUGUUUUGAAAACAACUCUUGUGAGAUCCGGGGCUUACAUGGGAUCUGCAUGACUUUCCUGCACAAUGCUGGAAAAUUUGAUGCCCAGGGCAAGUCGUUCAUCAAAGACGCCCUGAAGUGUAAGGCUCACGCUCUACGGCACAGGUUUGGCUGCAUAAGCCGGAAAUGCCCCGCCAUCAAGGAAAUGGUGUUCCAGUUGCAGCGGGAAUGCUACCUCAAGCACGACCUGUGCUCUGCCGCACAGGAGAAUACCCAGGUGAUGGUGGAGAUGAUCCACUUCAAGGACUUACUGCUGCAGGAGCCCUAUGUGGACCUGGUGAACCUGCUGCUGACAUGUGGGGAAGAGGUAAAGGAGGCCAUCACCCACAGCGUGCAGGCUCAGUGUGAACAGAACUGGGGGAGCCUCUGCUCCAUCUUGAGCUUCUGCACCUCGGCAGCCCAGAGGCCCCCCACGGUGCCCCCCGAACGCCAGCUCCAGGUGGACAGAGCCAAGCUUUCUAGGGCCCCCCAUGGGGAAGUGGGCCACCACCUCACAGAGCCCAAUAGUAGGGAGACCAGCAGAGGGGCCAAGGGUGAGCGAAGCAGCAAGAGCCACCCAAACGCCCAUGCCCGGGGCAGAGCCGGGGGCCAUGGGGCCCAGGGAUCUUCUGGAAGCAGCGAGUGGGAGGAUGAGCAGUCUGAGUAUUCCGAUAUCCGGAGGUGA